UGUCGCCUCUCAGUGACGCAAUGUCCGCUCUAUACUUUGUUCCGGUGUAGACCAGAAUAUCACAUGGUCAAAUGCGGAAGUGGUUGUUAUGGAUCACGAUUACUCUUUGGCGAGUAUUGAAGUGCCAGUAAAACGGAAGCGUCCAUAUUUGGAUACACGCAGACUGUGUGACAAACGGAGUAAUAAAACCAGGAUAAAUAUCGGCCAGGCGUUUUCGAGAUGGAGAGAGCUGCGCGACAAUCUUGGACUUGACAGAGACUCUGCUCUCGCGAGUGUAUUGAUAGACAGGGAAUGCUGGAGGCUUUACGGGUGACCGAGCUUCGCUCUCUGCUCUCCAGGAUGGGCAGGAAUAAAAGUGGCCUGAAGAAAGAUCUCACAGAAAGAGUGGUCAAUCUCCUGCAGAACGAGUGCAGUUUCGAGCUGCUGUUCGCCGUCCAAGAGCUGCACAAACUCCGUCAGGUCUCGAAAGACGCUCGCAGGAGCUCAAAACCCAAUUCCGUCACACCCGGUCUUGUGGAAACCAUCUCCAUGCCGGAGAGAGUGUCAGCCGGCAAACCUGGAUCACUGACGGUCGUCUCUACAGAACAACAGAUGAUUCAACUGCCCUUCUACCAGACACUAGAGACCGUUCUACCCCCUACACCUCUAGUGCCCGUGUUUGGUGGAGCUCUGCAGAACUCAGACUUUCAGUUUCAUCUCAAUGCGAGUCAGCAGGCUCAGAUCCAGAAUGCUCAAUCUCCGUCUGGAUCGAUGUCUGUUCAGGUGGUGCUCAGGAUUUGUUACAGUGAGAGUAUCGGUGUUGAAGAGGAUCAGUAUCCAGCAAACAUCAGUGUUUCAGUCAAUCACGCUAACUGUCCUGUACAGUGUUCCUAUUCAUCCAGUAAACCUGGAACUGAACCGUCACGUCCAUGUCGUCCCAUUGACGUCACAUCUUUGUUGUGGGUUUCAUCCACAAAUCGCUUCUCAGUGACGUGGGGAAACUUCGGCAAGCAUUACUCUGCUGCUUUGUAUCUGGUGCGUUUGGUUUCCUCUCAGGAGUUGUUAACUCAGUUGCGCAGCACAUCAGUGGAGAGUCUGGAGCUCUGCCGGCAGCGAGUAUGUGAGAAAUUAAACUCUGAUCAGAAGAAUGACAUCACCACCACAGGACUACAAGUUUCACUCAUGUGUCCACUGGCAAAGAUGCGCAUGUCAGUGGCGUGUCGAGCACGGGGCUGUGCCCACCUGCAGUGCUUCGAUGCCUCCUUCUAUCUUCAAAUGAAUGAGAGGAAGCCCAGAUGGACCUGCCCCGUGUGCCACAAAUACGCCCCUUUUGAUGCUCUGUGCAUCGACAGUUUGAUGUGUGAAGCUCUUGAGAGUUCUGGGGAAGAUGUGGAGGAGAUUGAAUUUCUGUCUGAUAGCAGCUGGAAACCUGUGAGGCGGGACAGAAGCAACAAAGAAUCAGCUCAACAUCCUCCCAAACACAUGGGGAAUCAUUCUCCGGUGGACAGCAAUGUUGUGGAUCUGACUCAGGGUUCCUCUGACGAUGAAGAUUUGAAUGAGGAGAUGGUUUCUACACAUUUAGAAGACAAGAAAGUACACUUCAGAAAAUCUGGCAAGAUCAAAACUACUCGAUCCAAAAGCAGGUCUAGAACAAUCAACUGAGCAGCAGUUGUAUUUUAAAUGUCCUUUAUUAAGGGUUUUAAUGCUUUGUUAAUUUUGUUUUGUAAACUUUGAAUACUUGCCAAUUAUGCAGUGUUUUUAUGUUAUAUAUUUGUUGUGGCAAUAAAGUCUUA